GGUCAAUAGGUGGCGAUGAUCAUGCCGAUAAAAUUAAAUCACAUGAUUUCCGGCGGAACGUUAAGAAAAAAUAACAAAACAGGGUGGUAUGGCAAAGAGGUUGUGAUGAAGCCAAGGCAUAAAGCUCAGUUACCGUUGAUAUUACUAUGUGUAGCGUUCGGAUUAGGAGGUGAAGGAGCGGACACCGAGGGGAAGCCAAUGUUAGCCAGUAUUGCAUUGUUUUGUGCACCAUGAAUUUACGAGGGCUCUUUCAGGACUUCAACCCCAGCAAGUUCCUAAUCUAUUCUUGCCUGCUGCUCUUCUCCGUGUUGCUGUCCUUGAGGCUGGAUGGAGUUAUCCAGUGGAGCUACUGGGCUGUGUUUACGCCAAUAUGGCUGUGGAAGCUGUUGGUCAUCAUCGGGGCGUCCGUGGGCACCGGAGUCUGGGCCCACAACCCUCAGUACAGGGCUGAGGGGGAGACGUGUGUGGAGUUCAAGGCCAUGCUGAUAGCGGUGGGGCUCCACGUCCUGCUGUUGAUGUUCGAGGUGCUGGUGUGCGAUCGGGUAGCGAGAGGAAACUACUUCUGGCUUCUCGUCUUCAUGCCACUCUUCUUUGUGUCACCCGUUUCCGUAGCAGCGUGCGUCUGGGGGUUUAGACACGACCGCUCUCUUGAGCUGGAGGUGUUGUGUUCAGUAAAUAUUCUGCAGUUCAUCUUCAUCGCUCUGAAGCUGGACAAGAUCAUCAACUGGCCUUGGCUGGUGGUGUGUGUCCCACUGUGGAUCCUCAUGUCCUUCCUGUGCCUUGUUGUCCUUUACUACAUCAUCUGGUCAGUCCUCUUUCUGCGCUCCAUCGACAUCAUCGCCGAGCAGCGGCGAACUCACAUCACCAUGGCGAUCAGCUGGAUGACUAUUGUCGUACCGCUUCUCACGUUUGAGAUCCUUCUGGUGCACAAGCUAGACGGUCACAACAGCCUGAGCUACGUGUGCGUGUUUGUCCCUCUGUGGCUCUCCCUGCUCACACUCAUGGCCACCACCUUCGGCCAAAAGGGAGGAAACCACUGGUGGUUCGGCAUCCGGAAGGACUUCUGCCACUUUCUGCUGGAGCUCCUUCCCUUCCUGCGAGAGUACGGCAACGUGUCCUACGACCUUCAACGUAGCGAGGACCCCGAGGCGGCCGAGGAUCUGCCCGUCCCUGAACCGCCGCCAAAGAUUGCCCCCAUGUUCCACAAGAAGACCGGCGUGGUGAUCACGCAGAGCCCCGGGAAAUACUUCGUCCCGCCACCCAAACUCUGCAUCGACAUGCCGGACUAAUAGCGGGUCAAAGCAUGAGCAGUCGUGGGUGCCGAACUAAUAAAGCCAAAACCGCUUCAGAGACUGUUUCUUUUGUUUUGUUUUAAAUCCACUCUCCACUGAAGGAUUUUGGCCCCCCCUGUGCAUCAGCAUGCCCAGCACGGGCCAUCCACCUGAACUAAAACGGCAUGGAUCCAAGAUCCCCGCUGUCCUCCUGACUUGCUGCCUUUAAAGGGUGAAAUCAUGGAACCCACGAAGGGACAGCUUUGUUUUUCAUCUCUCGCUGGAGCAACAACAUCCAAGACUCUAUUGGAUCUAAACUUCAGGCUGACAUCAGUGAGAACUGGAUACGUGUAGACUUUAAAUGUUCGCUCUGAACUGCUGUAGAUCUUUGCUUUAUGUUCAGAGGAUGUCAAAAACAAAAUCAACACUUUUUGGGUUUGUGACGGGGACCAUUGGAGAGACUCCUUACAGGGAUCAGUGUAACCCUGUCCUUUAAAUUCUCUCUUCAUCAUUUAGGUGUUUAAAAAAAAAAAAACAAGGGUGUGGGGCUCAGAGGAAAAGUUUCUUUCUAUCUUUUUUGUUCAGGGCUGCCUUGGAGCAAUACUUGUGUGUCAGUGCAUUGAAGCAGCUGUUGGGCUGCUUUCUGAUUGCACAUUUGGAGAAAAGAUUCACGGGGCUUAUAUGUAGGGCUGUGCAAAACUACACGAUCUCCAAUACUCUGCCCCAAACAUGCAAGUUGUUUAAACGAAUUAGUUCGGCUAAGAGGAAACUUCUUCACAGCCACCCCAAACAGGAGGAAAGAGUAAAGUUCUGUUUUCCAAAGCGUUCGUGCACUCUGCAAGCAUUGCUUUAAGACUACCCUUGAAGGGAAAAAAAAGCAUCUUUUCUUUAAAAAGAAAAGGAAAUAGCACUUUGUUACUAUGUUCCAGGAGGAACCCAGUUUGACUUGUUGGAUUUUUCUAUUCCUGUUUGGUUUUUUGUUUUUGUAAAUAACACAACUUGUCAAGUUAGGGACCAUAGCGGUGACGAGAGUGGGUGGGGGUAAAAAAAGUAAACGUCAAUCAUGCACUCCUGAUUUUUGAUUGGCUGUGCAGUCUUUCUACCAUCCUCAAUCUUAUGAAUGCAAUCUGUGUGACUGCAAUUUUAAGGUGAUGUAGCAUCCUUAACAUUAAACUGACAGCUUGGGUUUUUGAUUGAAGAAGUAAAGAGUUGAGCAGAGUUUAGAAGCUAACACAUAUCUGCAUUAAGUCAAACCGUGAAAAUAAAAAUCUUGACCUGUUCAGGAGAUAAAGACAGCGUGCCCUCCCCUCCUCCUCUUCUUUUUUUAAACUCUCCCUUCUAUGCUGCCAUUACCUUUUCUUCUCGUCAUUGCUGGGGGAUUGUCAGGUGUCACUAAACAUACCGGGUUUUUGUUGUCUGUAUAUUUAUUUCAGAAUUAAACUGAGAAAAUAAUCCAGCCCUGAAUUAUUCUUCACUGUGAUCGUGCCACAAACGUUUCACGUGCUGCGCUCUGGUCUAACGGUGCUUCAGUCAGCAUGCAGCAGUCUGUCUCUGCCUCUUGGAUCACUGAUUGACUUCUUUCUGUAAAGUGGGUGAAUGUCAGAGAUCGAUUCUAUGGGUCUGACACUGAAAUAUGAUAUUCAUUGUUUUCUGGGAUUAAACUCCAUUGUCACAAGACA